CAUUCAUGGUCGGCCUGUGUCUAAGCUACAAGUAUCUCUUCUGGACGCGGCGAGUGGGCGAGCCGCGCCCCUUGGCCGACGGCAUCGAGCGCACAUGGCUCCCCACGCCCUCUGGCGAGCUGGAGCUCCUCUCCGCCGGCGCUGGCGCCAGCGCCGGCUCCGCGUCCCCGCCCAUCCUCUUCGUCCACGGCGGCAUGGGCUCGGCGUGGGUAUGGACCGACUUCAUGCUCUUCCUCGCUGCGCACGGCAUCCGGUCCUACGCUAUCAGCUUGCGCGGGCACGGGGACUCGUGGGCGCCAGGGUAUUUGCGCAUGGUGUACCUCACCCCUCGGCGCGCGUUCGAGGACGACCUUGUGUCGGCAGUGGAGGCCGUGCAAGCUGCCCAUGGCGACGUCGUGCUGGUCGGGCACUCGGCUGGCGGGGGCCUCAGCCAGGCCGUGCUCGCCCAAGGGCGCGUCAAUGUCUUGGGCCUCGCGCUGGUCGACGCGAUUCCGGGGUACGGGAGCGCAACGGUCAACGCCAACUGGAUGGCGCUGGACAGGUGGUUCGUCUUCCGCCUUCUGUUCUGCCACUUUGGCCAUCCAAACUCGGCCCUCUCGCACCCCUUGCUCACGCUGCGCGCGUUCUUCGGCUCCAAGUUCCCCCUGGAGAGGGUGUACCCCUUCCAAGACCACAUGGCGCGGUACGAGUCCCUCCAGUGGCCGUUCAGCAUGCUCCGGAGUUUCGCUCCCGCGCAGGACGUGCUCGCCCAUGUGAAGGGGAAGAGGGUGCUCGUCCUCGCUGGCGACGAGGACGCGCUCAUGACGCCUGAGGUGACGCGGCAGACCGCGGCGUACUACGCCCUCGGCGGCGGCGUGACUACCGAGUUUGUGGGCGGCGCUGGGCAUCAUCUGCAGAACGACGUGCAGUGGGAGGAGGGGGCCGCGAGGCUGCUCGAGUGGUACAGGGCACUGUAAUCUCGGUGUAAUGCCAAUAUUGCUCACUACUCGUCCACCUCUGAAGGAGGCCGGUAUCUACAGUGCGUCCAGAAAACUUCAUAGCCUGUCCUCACGGGGCGCAUCCCUGCGUGAGGGUCCUCCUCCUCCUGCUCGUCGCUCGCAACGGUGGAUGAGCGAGCAGGGGACGCAGGGGAGCGGCGCCGUGACCGACGAGGGGACUCCUCGCCCCGAUCUCGGCGGACGCUGGAUCGACGAGGGGACUCUUCCACGAGAGCCGCCGUGUCAGGACAUGUGCGCCUGAGCUCAUCGUCCGGGUGCCAUGGAUUCUGAUUACGUGGAGUGAAGGCGGCAAGCGUGCUCGUGUGCAAGCUAUCCACAAACCUGACGCACCACGUCGACUUGUCGGCGGCUGGGAUCAGCGCGGCUCUGACCAUGACUUACUGAUCAAGUAACGCGUCCGACAACCAGUCCGGAUCGCGAUAGCCCGGAUCUCACACAUGUCCCACGGCGUGUCGCGGUGCCAGUACACCUCGAGAAACCCAC